AUGGCCCGAUGCCACCCCGCGCCGAAGCUGCCGCCGCCGGAGAGCCGGUCGUGCUCGGAGCGCCGCCGCCGCCGCCGCCGCUGUGCCGUGGAUGCUGCUCCGAUUCGUGUCGAAGGACACGGAGUCCUGGGAGAAGCGCAUCCGCUGGUCCCGAACGCGCACCACUACGCCGCCUUCACCUCCAAGGACGAUCCGGAGAUUCGUGCGCCGCCAGCGGAGGCCGGCGUAGUGCCCCUGCUCGCCGCACAGCUCUCCACGGCCGUGCUCCUCAACAUCUCCAUCUCCGCGCGGGAGCAGCUGGUGUCUGCGCCGGGCCUUCUCGACGCCCUCACCGCCGCGCUCCGCACCGGCGCCGUGCACCGCACCGGCGCCGUGCACCACGCCAUCGCCACCGUGCACAGCCUCCUCUGCGCUGAGGCUCACUGCACCACCAUCGGCGCAAGGCGGCCGCGCUCGUCGCGCGCCACCAGCUCCUGCGUAGGUGGCCGGGUGCGCCGAGAGCCUCAAGGCCUUUUAGGAGGGUGUUCGGGUUCCAGAUUCGAGACGGCGAGGGCCUGGGAGAGCGGGGCCGCCACGCUACUCAACCUCGUCGUGGCCGGGGGCGAGCUGGCGGUGGCCUAG